GAUCUUGCGCAUAAACUCUACUAUAAAUUGACUACCAAGUACCAACACUUGUGAACAAUUCAUUUUAGAAUAAAAAGUGCCAGAAAAAGGUUCCUUUUUGUAUUUUGCAAUAAAAUAAUUUUUUUGGUAUUCAAAAAAAAAAACAAAAUAUUCAUCAUGAAGAAUUUGAGAAUCUUUUUAAUUUCUAUCCUAUUCUGUGCUACCGUGAAUGCAGAUUUUUGGUCGGAUUUUGAUAAAAAGUUCGAAAAUAUGGGAAAAAAACAUGCAGAAGAGGAGGCAAAAUCGAUUGCAAGGGGUGUGCAUAUUAGAAUCAACAAUAAUAAACUUAAUUUCGAUGAAAAUAAUAUUUUACGAACAGCUGCAUUAAUAGAAAAUGGAAAUCCACCAGAUAAUGUUCAAUCAAAAUCAACUUCUCUUACAACGACCGUCAGGGGUAAGCAAGUGACAGUUAGUAUGACAAUGUUUUCAACGGGAAACAGUGAUGAGGGCGCUAUUCACGCUGUGAAAACUAUUUACGAAGAUGGACAAAAGAAACAACCAUCGAUAAACACAUUUUCAUGGGAUGCCAAUGGAACAAAAACUAUCCAAAAAAAUGGUGGUUCAAUGAAUGUAAUUAGUAAUGGAGGUUCAUCUAUUAGUAUUGCCUAAAAUACUAAUUUUGUGCCAAAACAAAUAUUUCACUGAUCGAAAUAUAAAUUUUUAUUAAUAUUAAUUAACAUUUAAUAUUUUCGUCAAUUAAAAGAAUUCAAUAAAAUAUUUUCAAUCUGCCAUGGAAAAAAAACUACAAAAUAAAUUAUUCAUUAAAAAG